GCACAACAAGCCCCAUUUGGUGGCAUUCAGCCGUGAAGUCUAUGUUCCCCGAGGUAUAGACGUGAGUCUGCAUACUGUGGAGCUUAUCAGCGGUUGCACAUCUGACGCAUACUCGGAGCUUAGCAAAAUGGCGGGAAAUUUCUUUUUCUUCGUGAGCGCUUUGGAAGUCAUGUUUUGGUUGAGUUUUGGCUGAAUAUCUUCGCGGUGAUCAUGCCUUCUCAAGAAGCAAGCAGUGAUUCAAGCGACGUAACUAGCCGGUACAGUCAUUUACUGCAGCCGAUCCGUGAUCUGACAAAGAAUUGGGACGUAGAUGUCGCUGCUCAACUGGAAGAAUACUUGGCUGAGAUCGAAAAGAUCAAAAUAUCUUUUGAUGAAGGGAAGACCACCAUGAAUUUUGCUGAAGCAGCGCUUCUUAUCCAAGGAUCAACUUGUAUCUACAGCAAGAAGGUGGAAUAUUUGUACUCACUGGUCUAUCAAACGUUGGAUCUAAUAGCAAGUAAAAAACGUCUACAACAGGCAUCAACAGAUGAUUCAGUUGAACAAGGGAAGAAGGGUGCCAAGGGGCAUACUAAAGAGUAUCGCUCUUGGGACGACAUAAAAGUAUCAAAGAAUAUUGAUUUGAAGGAAGAUGAAGAUGACAAUGCUGAAAGAAAGAGUUCACUGAUUGUGCCUAGGAUUCCUUUAGCCUUAAUACCUCUCCCAGAGGAAGAAAGAGGAGAUGUGCUUCUAAGUCGCACUGGUGAAGCUAUUGGAAGAAAGAAUGAUUUUAAGAUGAACACAUGCAUUGUCCAUGGUCCAACUGGCACCCUGCUUUUAGACUGGACACACCUUUCACUAAUAGAUGACUCCUUCAGAGGACUGAAGCCUGCAACUCCAUCAGUCAUGUCAGGUCUUGAACCUAGAACCCAUGAGCAAUCUGCCAACCAUGGCCUGGAUGCAGCUGAAAGUUAUGAAGAUUUAGAACUUCCCGACCCUGAUGAUAAUUUUGAUCCACCUGAACUGAUGGAUGAUGAUGCACUUGACAACUGUCACAAUGCUCCAAAAAAUUGCAAUGAAUUUGUUACAGAGGAGACUGAGGAUGAUCAGGAAGAAAGAAGAGCAUUGAGAGCAAGACCUGAAACAAAACAAGUUGUACAAGCACAGCCUUCACCACAACUUUGUACAUUUACUCUUUUCUUUGCAGUUUACUCACAUGCAUCAAAGAUGUCCAAAAAUAGUCUCAAAAUUCCAUCAUUUCCAGAGUUUGAAUACUUGUAUUGGGCAGAAUACAGAGAGAAACAAAAACUCCAUGUCAAACUGAGGAAGGUUUUGUCUCAGGUUGCAAGCAAGGAGGAAAUUGAGGAAUUGAACUCAAUUGUAGAAAAUAGAGAAGAGAAUGCAGAUGGGCAAGUAUAUGAUGAUGACAAUGGAGUUGGAUGUGAUGAUCCAGCUGAUUUUGAUGACGAUGGUGAUGAUUUUGGAGGAGUAGAUGAAGGGUUGGACCUUGGCAGUGCUGAAGUUCUGGAGCCAAUGGCACUGGAGGAACCUGCAGAUGGUGUAGUUAUUUCAAGCUAUGAAGAAAUGGUUAGGAAAUAUGUGGACAGUUACCUUUUGGAGGCACGUCAACAGUAUGCCCAAGAAACAGAGUUGAGUAGAAGAGUCAGAGAAUGGGAAGAGAGAAUUGUCCCUGUAUUAACAGAAGAGGAGACACAUCGGCCAUUUGAUAUUCACAAGUAUGGAGAAGAAAUUAUUGAUUCGUUUAAAGGCAAUAGUAAUCAAGAUUUUAGACAGCUAGCCCAUGAAAAGGAACCAUUUGAAAUAUGUAGGUUUUUUCUAGCAACAUUGCAGCUGGCAAACAACUAUAAUGUAGAGAUCACAGCUGAUGGAGUUGGAGAAAAAGCAGUUGACACCAUGAGACUAAAACUUCUAAAAAGAACACCUGGAAAUGUGGCCAUAGCAACUUUUGGGGAACAUGCAGCUAAAUGAUACACAUAGUUUUAAAUUAUUUCUUACUUUGUAACAACAGUUGAAGUUUAGAGGUGAUUAUAAAGUACCUGCAUGGCUGUGAAAUGCUGUUAUCACCAAUGACCAUGAAAACUUGUGUUGCAGAUGUCUUUUUUUGGAGUUUAUGAUUUUAAACAUAUUUAAUACUGGUAAAUUAGAAAUUCAUAUGCAAAACUGUUGUUUUUAAAACUACCGCUUUACUUGUUAAUUUUAAUUUGUUUUAGAAGUUUUUAAUGUUAUGUGAAAAAAGUUCAAUCACCUCAAUCAUCUGUGCAUGAUAAUACCUUGUGAACAAAGAGAGACAAGGAAACUUAAAACUGGCAUCAAAA